AUGCGGAAUGCGAAAAUUCCAGCACGCCUUCAAUCUCCAUAUAUGAUGAAGAACAAGGAAAGAAAUCAACAUUACUUUGAGUCUGCCCAAAUAGAUUACCGAGAUGAAAUCAUUAUGGGGUUCAUUUUUGCAAAUGAAGAUGAUAAGAAUGUGAGGAUUACAAUGGAUAAUGAAAGGAGUAAAAAAAGAAAGACAUUAUUGUCGUUUUUCAAACAUAAAGAAAAUUCAUCUACAUCUACGGUUAACGAGGUAAAUCUUCAAUCUUAUACAUCUAAUACGGAAGAAGAACAACCUGUUUUAAAUUUUCCAAGGGUUGAAAUUGAUCUUAAUAAUCUUGAACGAGAUCCCGCAAUUCAGAUUCCUAUAUGGCAACAUCCAAUAAAUCAACAAGAUGAAAUUAGGCGGUCUUAUAUUAAAAUGGGUCUGUAUCAACCUAAGUUAGAUGAGUAUCCAAGAACUAAGUUUGGAUCACAAACUCAGUAUCGUAGAUUUCAAUACUCGUGGUUUGAAAAGUUUCCUUGGGUUAACGAUGGAGUUAAAUGUCCACUUUUAAUUCACGUGGGAGGUCCUACUUCCUCACAUAGUAAUUCAGUGAAAUGUGUUGAAGAUUUGAUGAAAGUAAGUGGACAUAUUGACAACAUAUUGAAUGCCCAAAGUUUAGAUGAAGUUCAGAAAAAUCGAUUACGACUUAAGACGACAAUUGAGAGUAUUCGAUGGCUUAGUUUACAAGCUUGUGCAUUUAGAGGUCAUGAUGAAUCUUCAUCUUCUAAAAAUCGUGGUAAUUUUAUAGAGAUGAUAAAACUUAUGGGUCGAUUGAAUGUUAAUAUUGGUGAUAUAGUAUUAGAAAAAGCUCCAAGAAAUGCAACAUAUACUUCACCAACUAUUCAGAAAGAAAUUUUGCAUAUUUUUGCAAAUAAAGUAAGGAAAAAAAUCCGUGAAGAAAUUGGAGAUGCGAAGUUCUGUAUUUUAGUUGAUGAAGGAAGCUAA